AUGUUUGUUGCUACUUUUGCCGCUGAUCGGAAUGGAUCACUAUGCAGCCUCGGCGAGUGGGCUUCGCUUGACCCACCACACGUUAUGCUCGGCCUUUUGAGCUACAAAAUGGAGGGCCAGACCCUGGUCGUGAAUAUUCCCAUGGCUUCCAAAAGGCAGUGCUAUGAGAUUGCAGCAAGCGCUCGCGAGUCUCUAGAAGCCACCAGCACUGCGAAUGCGAUGGUGAACCUAGCAUUCAACCUGCGAUAUGGCAAAAAAUGUUCUCACAGCAAGGCUGGCCAGAUACUGUGGUAUGACUCAGAACCAUUCCAGCGCUUUGCCGGUUCGGUUACCCUCCGGCAAAAGCGCUUUUGUGAACCAAGUGUGGAGAAGAUGAAUGGCAAAGGUAGCUGUGGUACUGCAAUUCACCCGAGGAGCGUCAUGGUCCAAUGGAUAACAAUGCCGUCAUACAUUGGACAACUGAUUAACUUGGUCAUGCCAGAAGGAAGAUACCCCCAGCAGCAUAGAUCUAUAUUUAUGAAGCAAAUACUGAUAGACAGUCGCGGAGAUGCCGGCCCAGGAGAAGCCAAGCAGAAUAAUGGCACCCAGGUUGGACUAUGGAAUGAAGACGCAGUUCGUCCAGCCCAGCCAGAAGACGCAAAUAGGAAAUGCAGGCGCAGCGAGGGGCGCCUGCCAGAGGCGAUACUCGGUUUCUGGAAGAUCAGAGCUCGAGAUGUUCGCAGCUCGAAUCAGAUCUGGGUCAAACUGACCCGUCACUUGCUCAUGUCACCUGCCCGCCUUCCUCUUGUACUAGUGUCGCUCAAAGCCAGUGCGCGGAAGCAGGUGGCUCGAAAGAUGUAUGUCAUGUCCCUGUAG